ACAACAGAGCCACCUCCAAUCCUAGCAUCAACACAACCUCCCAGGACAACCCAGAAACAACAGUGCCACCUCCACAUCCUAGCAUCAACACAACCUCCCAGGACAACCCGGAAACAACAGGGCCACCUCGAAACACCUAUUCUACACCACAGUUGCUUGAGGACCGUAGAUACAAAACACUACUGGAGGCGGUGGAAGAGACACAAACAAUGAUGGUGAACCAGACAAGACUGAUAGAGAACCUUGUGGACGCUUCUGCUGACCGAGAUAGCCGUGAUAAGCAGACUAUAGGACAGUGCUUGGGUGAUGUAAAAACGUUGUACACUCAGCUCCAGGAGGGUGAGACGCUACUGCGGGUCCUUCAGGAGGAGUACAAUACUACUAGUGAGGAACGUGAGCGGUUGGCAGAGCACAACUCCAGGCUGAAGGAGAAGAACCGCCAAAUAGAAGCAGCACUGAAUGACACUAUCAAGAGGACGAGGACGAGUGGUGCCGCAGAUUGCCAGGACGUGCUGACCAUGGGCUUUACCAAGAGUGACGUGUAUACUAUCUACCCAAGACCGCCAGGGACGAACGUGACGGUGUACUGUGACCAAGAGACAGAUAGAGGUGGGUGGACAGUGUUCCUCACCCGAGACAGCAGCCUCACUCCUCACCUCGCCUUCAAUAGGAGCUGGCAAGAGUAUGCGCAGGGCUUCGGGGACCUGACGGGCGACCACUGGCUGGGCAACAAGGCACUACACUUCAUCACGGGAGGCAGUGACUACAUCAUGCGGAUCGAUGUGAAGAAUACUGACGGUGAGGAGGCGUUCGCUGAGUGGGGCUCUUUCUCUGUCAGCAGCGAGGAGGAGAAGUACAGACUCAAUGUUCGCAUGUACAACCCCAACAGCACCCUGGACGAUGUCUUCGCUUACUCCAACUUCAUGUUUUUCUCAACACACGACCAAGACAACGAUCCUAAACCGCAAGGAAGCUGUUCUAAUGAGAUUGGGGGAGGAGGUGGGUGGUGGUGGAAAAGCUGCAGCUAUAUCUACCCGACAAGGCCCUUCUCCGAGUUAGGUGACUCCUUUGAUGGGCCAUCCACCUGCUGUUGGCUAGAAGAUCAUGAGUAUACACCCCUUGCAUACAUACAACUCAAGAUACGACCCUGGAUGUGAGGAGCUUCCUGCCCAUGUAGGGUGACCAGCAGAUUCUCUCGAAGAACACCUUGAGUCUUCUGAUAACGCAUUGUUUUAUGAUAUCCCUUAAGUACGACGAAUUAACCAUGUUAGUGUGCGGGUCGGGUCGUAUUGCGUCUCUGUAACAAAGCGUGUUUGGCAAUCGGGCCUUCGUUGUUGCGCGGCAGAAAUUGGACAGUGAUUACAUAAGAUUGUCUUAGUGUUGUGAACAGGGCCGCCGCUUCCAUUAGGCGAGGUUAGCAAAUGCUAAGGGCGCCACAGAUGCUAAGGGUGCCAACAGAUAGUGUCACCACCACAGCUCCAUUCCUGACAGCCAACAGAUACAGUGUCACCACCACAGCUCCAGUUGUAACUUUUUAACCAUGUUAAUGUCUCUUGUCUCUUAUUUCAUAAAAUAAGUGCAGGUGACAAAUUUUAUAAGAAAAUAUUGUAAAUUGUUUAAAACCAAACAAAUAAAAAAUUGCUUUACUGAAGACAGUAAAAUCUAUUUUGGAUAGAAGUAAGGCCAAUAUGUCUCGAUGUUUAUCGAAUUAUGGAACAUUAAUUACUACUAAAUCAGGCUGGCUAUUGUCACCACUGCAUAUUAUCAGGGCUCUUGUGAUUCAUCAUCGUACAGGGUAUUCUGCCCAGUACUCAUGUUAGUGACUUCUGUUCCCACAGAUCACAUUUGUGGACUUCAUAAUGUAUGAGCUGCUGGAUCAACACUUGCAGCUGAGUGAUAUCUGCCUCAAGGAUGCCAAGAACCUUAAGGAAUUCCAAAAGCGAGUGGAGGAGCUGGAGCCGAUCAAGAAGUACAUGUCUUCACCCAGGUUCAUGAAGGCUCCAUUAUACAAUAAGAUGGCCAAGUUUGGAGCUAAUUAACUACUGUAUGAAUUGUGUAGUCAUGUGAACCUUGAAUACUGUGAUGAAGUCUAUAAACAUAAGAUAUAGUAUGGAAGAGGCAUUAUUAUGUCCUGAGUUAGAAAAUGCCUCGGCAUUACAAGUAUUAUACUUGAAAGAAAUGUGUGCCAUUGAUUGUCAUGAAUUCACUUAGUAAAUGGUCAUAUGGGAAACAAAGUAUUCAUGGUCUUCCAUUUCUCCAAAUUGUUCUUUACUUGCCAUUUAAUGAAUAUGUAUUUGCUUAUUCACUGUUAGUGGAUCUUGUUUAAUGUAUAGAUCGGUUGGAGAAUAUUUUGAGUAUGAAGUUAUUAUACUAAGUAUUGUACUGUACUGUAUUGUGUAACUGAUGGUAGUACAGUACAGCAGAGCCAAUCAAAAAAGCAUUGAUAAGUAGUGUUUGAGAGUUAUUAUAUGAAGUACAUUGCUCAUGGUUAAUUUAGUGAAGUAAGCUAUAGUGUACAAUAACUGGUAUAGUACUGUAGUUUUAAGCAGUCUUUUGUUUCAUGGUUCUUAUCUGAUUAGCAAUUAGCUUAUAUAUUUUAUACCGUGUAACCUGAUCAUAUCAUAUUGUACUGGAGAAGAAAGAUAACUUAGUUUGGUUCAUGUGAACACUGAAUGGUUUAGUAAAUAUAGAUUAAUAAAUUUUCUAGACUAA